AUGUUGAAACAGAUUUUUCAGAAGAGAUUAUUGAGCAGUUCACGUUUGCUAUGGCAAGAAACAGUAAAGACCAGUGGUCAAUCUUUAAAGAUACAGUCCUCAUGUCCAGCUGGAUCUGUUUUAACUCUGAAUAUUAAGAAGGCAGGGAAAGAUCCAGUGGCUUUAGAAGACGCAGAGUAUCCAACAUGGUUAUGGACAGUUUUGGAUAAAGAAGCACAAGCUGAAGCUCUAUCUAAAGACCCAUUGGCUUUGAGAAAGAAGAAAUUGAGACAAGCUAAUAGAAAGAAUAUAAAACAAAACAAUUUCUUGAAACAAAUUUAG